GUCAAACCGGUAGUAGGAGUUUUAUUCAACCGCUGAUAUAUCUGGUUUUACCAGAUUUACCGCUUCUCAACACUGAUGGUGGACGAUUGAAUCAGCUCAACAUCACAGUGCUCAGACUGGAGUCGUGAGGAAGGACAGUUAUUGUCCCUCGGAUCCUCAGAGAAUCAGCGCACAGGGAUUCAGGGUUUGGACUCAGGGGCUCAGACCUGGUUCCCCUGCAGAGAUGAACAGAGCUGUGUGGUUCCUGGUCACUGUCUACGUCUCAGUGCCGGUGAUUCUCUACCUGUUCCCCUGUAUUCUGGGCCACAUCAUAUUUGCUCACUUAUUGAGGUUUCCAUUCUCGGCGGAUCUGGGCCGACCUGAAGACGUUGUGAACCACACACGCAACUUCUACCUCAACCCAGAGGAGGGGAUCUCAGUGGGAGUAUGGCAUACACUCCCUGCCAGCCAAUGGGACGACGCCGAGGGGAAAACCCCCGAGUGGCACCAGGAGACUCUGGGAGAUGGCAGUCCUGUUAUUAUCUAUCUCCAUGGAAACGCAGGAACCAGGGCGAUGAAACACAGAGUAGCACUGGUGAAGAUCUUAAGUGAAGCCGGGUAUCACAUCUUAUCUUUAGACUACAGAGGUUAUGGAGAUUCCAGUGGGGAGCCAAGUGAAGCCGGAAUGACCCGUGACGCCCUCUACCUGUACCAGUGGGUAAAGACACAGAACCGAGGGAGUCUGGUCUGUAUUUGGGGACAUUCACUCGGCUCCGGUGUGGCAACUAAUGCUGCGGUGAAACUACAAGAGCAAGGUUCUGAUGCUGAUGCUUUGAUCCUUGAGGGUCCAUUCACGAGAAUUGGAGACGUUGUGGUCACUCAUCCGGUCGCUAAGAUGUACACGUUCCUUCCCGGGUUUGACAGCUUGCUGUGGAGCAUACUUGAAACUAACAACCUAGUGUUUGCAAAUGAUCAAAAUUUAAAGGUCCUGACCAGUCCUCUUCUUAUACUGCACUCAGAGGACGACAACAUUGUACCUUAUCACAUGGGUCAGAAGCUGCACCAGAUCUCACUCCAGACUCAGAAAGAACAAAACACAGAUGUUCACGUUGAAAUGGUUUCCUACAGCGCGCACCUCGGAUUCUCCCACAGCAGCAUCUACUUAGAUCCUAAUCUGUCCAACGUGGUUAGGGGAUUUCUACAGAAGCUGAUUCAGUAAAGCGGCUCGAGGGAAGUGUGCGUUUUUUGUCGUGUUGUUGCUUCUGUGCAUCUUUAUUUUUUGCGAAAAGUGGAAAAAACCUGAAAUGAGAUUGAAAUAAAAGCCCUCGAGUUGACAA